UUCGCAUCUAAGCCAGCAAAAUACAAACACUUCAUUUUUAUUUUCCUCCUUUCUCUUUGUUAAACGCUUUCUGUUACUACAACCCAAAGAACAACAAGGAAGCCUCCUCAUUCCUUCUUCUUCACCACUUUCUCUCUCUAUAACCGUACUCAACAUUACUCCUUUCUCUCUCUACAACCGACUCUGUCAUUUUCAUCUUCUUCUUCUUCCCUGAAUCGAUCCUGUGUUGUUGUUUUGUUUCACGGUUGUGGUUCCGACGAUGGGACAGCAAUCGUUGAUCUACAGCUUCGUGGCUCGCGGCACCGUCAUUAUCGCUGAAUACACUGAAUUCACUGGAAACUUCACCGGCGUGGCGGCCCAGUGUCUCCAGAAACUUCCUUCCUCCAACAACAAGUUCACUUACAACUGUGAUGGACACACUUUCAAUUACCUCGUCGAUGAUGGAUUCACCUACUGUGUUGUUGCUGUUGAGUCUGCUGGACGGCAGAUUCCAAUCGCUUUCCUUGAACGUAUCAAGGAAGAGUUUAGCAAGAAAUAUGCUGGGGGAAAAGCUGCAAAUGCAGCUGCUAAGAGUCUAAAUAAAGAGUUUGGAUCUAAGAUGAAGGAGCAGAUGCAGUAUUGUGUUGAUCACCCAGAGGAGAUUAGCAAGCUUGCUAAAGUGAAAGCUCAGGUUUCAGAAGUCAAAGGAGUUAUGAUGGAAAAUAUUGAGAAGGUUUUGGACCGUGGGGAGAAAAUUGAGCUUUUAGUAGAUAAGACAGAGGACCUUCGCUCUCAGGUAAUUCUGGUAUGUGGUAAACAGUAUUGCUGAGCACUAGUAACAUGGGUAAAACAAAUCUGUUGAAGUGCCAUAUGAGGCACAAGAUUUCAGGCAACAGGGAACCAAGAUUAGGAGAAAGAUGUGGUUUCAAAAUAUGAAGAUAAAGCUAAUAGUUCUUGGUAUCAUAGUUGCCAUUAUUCUCAUUAUUGUGCUUUCAAUCUGUGGUGGCUUCAACUGUACUAAAUGAAUCUUUCCAUUGGUGGCUUCAACUGUGUCAAAUUGUCUCCUCACUCGAUAAGAUUUUCGCUAGCCGAUUGCCUCUGCUAUCCACGUAGUGCUUUUGAUUUUUUGGGAUUUACAUUUUUCCCAUGUCUACGGUAAUCAUUAUUAUAUGACAUUGCUUGUAUAGUGUGUAAUGCAUUAGUCUUCCACCUUCUUGUCUCCCAUAGUGUAGUGCUAAUUUGUCGUUCUCUAUAGUUUAGGUGGGAGUUUCUGCAUUUCGUGUGAGGAGGAUUAUGAUGUUUUCUACGCAUUUAGAAACCAGCCAUUGCUUAGUUAGUUUCAUAUUGCCUAUUUUCUAUUUAUGGCUUAUGUGCAAUUUUUUA